AUGGCGCAUGCUACAGGCGACACACCGGUAUCCCAUACACUUCAGGGUUUGGGAGCCUUGACUGGGAAGCAAAUCCGAUGUGAAAUCAUUCAGUACGGCAUCACUGUCGAUCCCAACGAUUUGAAAUCGAACCUGCUCCCUAUGCUGGCGCUAUCUAGGCUGAGAAUGAUCGACAAGGAUCGUGCUCCCGAUCCUGAUUUGCUCGUCAAGGUUACUAGGUGGUGUUCUUUGCUGGUCCCAGGACUAACGAAGGAGCUUAAAAGCUUGGGCAUCCAAAAAGGCGCGAACAAGUGGCGUGAUAUUGAGAAUUUGAUACGGGCAGAUCCGGGGCUGCAAAUGAUAGAGGUGAACAGGGAGGAAGUGUAG